UAAGACGUCUACCUUCUGGGCUGGGACCCUCCAAGACAAGUUCUUCCCCAGGAUGUUCGGUGUCUCACCGAGCGACGAGCGCUACGACUGGGACGCCCCUUCGGCUAGUGUUCCGAUCCCUGCUGGGUUCCUCACUUUGAUGACGCAGACCUCUCUCGUCGAGCCCAAGCGAAGUGACAAGAUCCCCAGCAGCGCGCUCGAGUGGACGCUCCACCGCAUCGCCUAUGAGGUCAACCUCGUCCACGGCAUCAACGCCUGCCUGACGUACGUGCAGUCCAGAACCGCCCUGACCUACGACUUGAGAUGGCCUCGUGCCAGACUCUCAGGCGUGCCGGACUUCACGGUGAUAUCCCGCCUCCGUAAACGUCGCCCUCGGGUGCGCUUCGUGAUCCUGGAGAGGGACAGACCGAUGAGUUCGGCGCCGGACACGGAGCUUUUAGCUUACUUGUUCAUGGUCCACAGAACCAGGCAAGACGCGUGCGAGACGAACCCCGUCGUCUACGGCCUGGCCACCGACGGGGAUACAAUGGCCUUUUAUCGAUUCGAAUAUCUGGGGAAGGCAAGCAUUUGCGCUGGGGGGUUUUGGGCAUGGAGAGAGACUUUGCUAAUAGUUCUUCUCUAGUACCAUUUCACUAUCAAACCCUACAAGGGUACAGGGUUCGGCCAUGAUAUCGUCACGAUUCUCUGGAAGAUCUUCAUAGAAGCCCGACACGUGGAGCGACACCCAUGGGGCUUGGGGUCGGAUGGAGACUCUAGUGGAACGGAAGGCGGUUCCGACGAGCAUGUUCGGAUGAAGGAGUAGAAGUGGGGUGGAACGUGGGUGAAUUAUGUUUUGCUUUAAGAACCUUCCGACUUGCUUUGCAAUAGCUUGAUGUUGAACUAGAGGAUAUGCUCGAAGAAGGUCAAGUUCUAGUGAAGUUGAGAUGAUUGAAUUUGUAACAGCGCAAUUCAUUUUUCAUCAAUGAUGUUUACCGAAUGUCUAUUGUUGUGUCAACUGAACCCAGUGAUGAUGAGACGAAGAUACGAAAUGCAUUCUUAUCUCCGGAAUAUCGUGUGUGCCAUAUACUGUAUUAGAGCAUUGUGAG